AUGGCACCGCUUUUGGUUCAGGCUGUCAUGAAGCUGUCGCUGGUGUGCAUGGUUGCAGUAACGGUCCUUUGCCUCGUCCGAUCUGGAGAGGCGGAAGAUCUGGACCCGAGAGCAGGGCCCCAGGCCACAGAGGAGUAUGAAAGGCUCCGAUUCAAGGAGGACUCACCGCUUGUGCUUUAUCUGGCCACGGUGGAAAUGCUCAUUUGCGGGUCCUGCGCUGCAACUGCAGCUGCCAUGUACUCACGCCAAGGGCAUCAACUGAGGCACCCUGCAGAGCAGGAGCAGUCGGCUCUUUUCACGAAGGUCGAACUUUGCAAAGAUCCCGGCUUGGAGGACUGCCAGCUCUACGGCCUUGGAUUUCGUCCGAGCUCCGAUGGUUUGGAGUGUCUGGUGGUGGAGGACAUUCGUAGAGGUUCCUUGCUGGACCGCUGGAAUCAUCGCAGCCAUGACCUUUCCCCAGAGGAACUUGUCGAGCAGGCCUUGGGCGAAGAGCACGCUGGAGGAGGCGAAGGUGCUUCGCCUCAGACAAGGCGGGCCACGCCGGCCAAGGUGGCGCUGGGCUCCGCGGUCGUGGCGGUGAACGACGUGUACGCCGAUGUGGGCUUGAUGCAGCAGCAACUCACCAAACCACACGUUACACUCUGGGUGCGGCGGGAAGAUGACGGCCUCCACCCGAGCGAGCUGGAUGCAGGUGUUUUCGGUGCGGAGGUUCCUCCUGUGGCGACGACUGCAGGUCCCGUUUCCACUCUGGGAGCCGUGGAAGAAGGCAUAGGCUUUCCGGUGUGGUGCGGGGCUGGGGCAUCCGCGAGUGAUGUGGGGGCUUGCCUCGCCAUGGAGGACGAGGAAGCACAGAUCCUCAUGCGCUGGACGGUCUGCGGCAUCAUGUUCGGAUGGGUGACGUUGCUCCCGGUUCUUCUGAUGCAGCCUCACGAAGAAAGGUGUGGUGCCGAGAGCGCUGCAUUCUCUGCCCUCUGCUUUGCUGUUUCUCCUCCGCCAGCUUCCGCGAUACUCUGCAGCCGUUUUCAUGUGUUUCGGUUGAGAUUUGAGACGACGUUUCGACCGCAGCUACGAGCAUUCAGGAUGGGCGGAGGUCCCAUUCCACCACUGCACUUCCACUGCCACUGCGCAGGGAGGGGACAGGCGAGAUGGCGGGUCAGCUCAUAUCUUAACACCGACCCCAUGGUGGUGUGUGAUCUCAUGUCUUGA